GCUCGGCCGGGAAGCAGCCCACAUGCUGUACCAAAAACGCUGCUUCCUCUCCGCCGUCGCUUUGACGUCUGAUCCCGUGCCCUCCUCCUUCGACGCCCUCCUCCAGCAAUGCUCCGGUCUUCUCCAAAUCAAGCAAAUCCAUGCCCAACUCCUCCUCUCGCCCCAUCAACUCUCGCCCUUCUUGGCCGCCCGCCUCAUCUCAGCCUACACCCGCUUCGGUCUCCUCGCCGACGCGCAGCUCGUAUUCGAAGCUGUCUCCGACCACCAUGCAGCCUCUCCCCUCCUCUGGAACUCCAUCAUCCGCUCCACCCUCUCUCACUGCCGCCCACGAGAUGCUGUCUCCCUCUACCAAAGGAUGAGAUCCAUCGGCACCCUCCCCGAUGGCUUCACGUUUCCCCUCGCCAUUAGAGCCUGCUCCGCCCUAGAGAACCCCCAACUGUGUCUUUGUAUACAUAACCAUGCUGCUUCCAUGGGGUUUCAGUCCCAUCUACACGUAGCCAACCAACUCAUAUCGAUGUAUGGCAAAAUGGGCCAAAUGGGCAUUGCCAGAAAGGUGUUCGACGGGAUGCCUUCCAGGAACAUUGUUACUUGGAAUACUUUGAUGUCUGGAUACUCGACAAAUUGUGACCCUGAAGCAGCCUGUGAUGCCUUCCGGCUGAUGGAAUCUGCAGGGCACACGCCGAACCCAGUGACUUGGACGACGCUGAUGUCGGCUCAUGCUCGAUGUCAACAACAUGGCAAGGUCCUGGAGAUUUUCAAUGAGAUGAGGACCCAGGGCGUCGAACCCACUGCACAAGCAGUUGCCGUGUCUCUGUCUGUCUGCCCUUAUGCUACCACUGCAGCAUUGCAGAAAGGGAAGGCCAUUCACGGCUUGGCCAUUUUGUGCGGAUUUGACAAAUACCCCUUCGUCAGCAACUCCCUGGUUUGCAUGUAUGGCAAACUUGGCAACAGAGAGGACGCGAAGAGGGUUUUCCAUGAGAUGGAGGUACAGAAUUUGGUAAGCUGGAACGCCUUGAUCUCAAGCUAUGCAGCUGGUGGUUUAUGCAAUGAGGCUUAUGAAAUCUUCAUUGAAAUGGAGGAAGCAGGAAACUUGACACCCAACGUGGUGACUUGGAGUGCAGUGAUCGGUGGCUUUGCCUCCAAUGGAAUGUCUACGCAAUCUCUGGACCUUUUCAGGAGGAUGCAGGGAGUAGGAGUGAAGCCCAACUCAAUCACACUCGCCACCAUUCUAUCAAUUUGUGCAGAGCUAUCAGCAUUGCGUUUGGGUAAAGAGGUUCAUGCUCACAUCACAAGAGGCUUCAUGAUUGAUGAGUUGCUGGUUGGGAAUGCACUUCUUGCUAUGUACGCAAAGAGCGGCUGCCCAAGACAUGCACACAUUCUGUUUGAUAAAAUGAAGAGCAAAGAUUUGAUCUCAUGGAAUACGUUGAUCUCUAGUUAUGGGAUGUAUGGAUUGUGCAAUGAGGCUCUUGAAACUUUCAAUUGCAUGAUUAGACUGGGUUGUGAGCCAGAUGCCAUUACCUUCAUAUCCAUUCUGUCGGCUUGCAGUCACGCCGCACGUGUUUCAGAGGGUUGUAGUCUCUUUGAUCAAAUGGUGAGCAAAUUUAGAAUUAUGCCAAGCAUGGAGCACUACUCUUGCAUGGUGGACAUUUUAGGUCGAGCUGGAUUGCUAAGACAAGCUAAGGAACUAAUUGCAAGGAUGCCCAUGAAGCCUAAUGCUUGUAUUUUGGGAGCCAUGCUGAAUUCAUGCAGAAUACACGGCAACAGAGUAGUGGCUAAGGACAUAGAGGCACAAAUUCUGGAACUUGAAGGGCAAGCUACUGGCAACUACAUGUUACUCUCUAAUCUGUAUGCAGCCAAUGGCAGGUGGGAGGACUCUGCAAGAUUGAGAGUGAUAACAAAGGCAAAAGGAUUGAAGAAAAAUUUAGGGCAGAGUUGGAUAGACUUGAAGAGCAAGUUCUAUGUGUUUUCAGCUGGAUCCUUGUUGCCUCAAAACUCAGAGGAUGUGUUUCUAGUUCUUGAAGGUUUGUGCCAGCAAAUGCAGAUGGAGAAGCUUGUGCCAGAUGAUGAUCUGGCGAUGCUUCAUAAUGUUUGUGAAGGAGAAUGCUUGGCUGGCUAGUAAGAAAUGUGUCGAUCCAGAGAGCUGGGCUCGUUGAGCCUACUCUAUUCAAGCACAAGGGUGGCCAAUCCUUUAAGACAGCAACAUCGAUUUUGUGCUGCUGAAACUUGAUCUAAGAAGACACUUGCCUAUCCACUACCUGAAAUCAUUCAUGUUACUGCACAGCCAGUUUUAGGUCCAAUAAGAAGCAGCAAAACUUAGAGCUUCCUCAAAGGUAUAGAACACUUGCAGCUAUCUGUGGAUUUCUAAAGAGAUCUCAAAUUACAGAUCUUCAGAAAGGUACACUUCUCCUGUUCUCUGAUAGGAAAGAAAUGCGCAUCCACUUGACUACUUCAUGAGGAUAUGUACCACAUUCUCUUAGAUAAUAUUAAGUUGGGCUGCUAGUUCAUAAUCUUUAAAAAAAAGAUAGAUCCGCUACCUUAGCGGUCCCCCUAGUGCCGGCCCCACGGAUAUGGAGGGAGGUUCAUGCAGGUACACAGGCCAUAGACGCAUGGCGGGGUAAACCCCAGGUCGUUAGUUCCUGAGAAUCGACCCCUGGCCAUUACGCCAGAGAUACCAUGCGCCCACCGUCUGCGCUACGCCCUGGGGCUACGCUACGUCCUGAGGACUGCUAGUUCAUAAUCUUUAAGAUUCUAUGAAGGUUUGAUCACCAAGUAUAUUCAUAUGAUUUUGUCGAGGAAAUGAUCAACAUAAUGAUCAAUGUUUGUUUGUUUGGUGAUCGAUUUCUUCAAGGACAAUAUUGAUGCAAUAGAGUGCAUUGCAAGUGAGGUAUAUGCAUCU